GCGGUUUGGGGGAGCCUCCCGUCCCUCCCCUCACGGUGCUGGCUUGGGGGGAGGUUUGGGCGUCCCGUCCCUCCCCUCACGUGGGGAUUUUGGGGCCGGGCGGUUCCCGCUGUCCCCGCGCCGCCUCACGGGGGGUUCCGCACCGGCCCCGCCGUUCCGGGCGCCACUAACGGCCCCUCGUCCCUCCCUCCGCCGCCGCAGGGCCGCCAUCCCGGAGCCCCGGCCAUCCAGCACCUGGACCUUAACACCUUGGAAUUGUCCUUUGCCACGUGAAGCUCAGCCAUGACCGACCAAGAGUUCGUUCUCUGCAAGUGGAAGAGGCGUUUGUGGCCAGCCAAGGUUUUGUGCAAGCCUGGAGUUACUGGGGGCAGUCCUGUUGCCACCACGAAAAGGAUGGGAUUUAAAGCUGAAAUCCUUGGCUUGGAGAAGCAGGUCAGUGUGAGCUCUGCAAAUGUUGUUCCCCUGACGGAGGAGCGGAUCAAGGCCAUUGCCUCCACGCUGGAGCAAAAGAAGAGCAUGAGUGAGGCCGUGGAGGAGCUGCAAUAUCGCUGUUCCCUUAAAAUUGCCUUGGAUAUUCUCCACCAGACUGACUCAGGCAGUCAAACACCACCUGCAGAAGGACCAAAUUCCGAAUUUUCCCAGGAGAAAUCUGCUCCCCCCGCCCCCUCCCACGGCUUCUUGUUGCGCUCUCGCUCUAAAAAGUCAGAACCUGAGGCUGCCAAGAGGAAAAGAAAACCCCAAAAUAACUGUGGGCUGAAGGAUGAUGCCAAAUGGCAGAGCCAAGGAGGUUCUGUGGCUCCAGAGGGGAGUGGAAAAGCACCUGGAAGUGGCACAAACCCUUCCAGAGCACCUGGAAGUGGCACAAGCCCUGCCAGAACACGUGGGGGUGGAACAAACCCUGCCAGGUGCGGUGCCAGGGACUCGCGUGUGCCACCAGCCCCUGACGGUCACAACUGCGAAAAACCAGAAUCAAAAUCAUCCCCCAGCCAGAGGAAAAUCCAGCCCAAAACAGGGAAUGGCGUGUCCUGUAUGCCAAAGGCUGGGAGAAGUCAGCAAGGAAGGAAAAGAGGAUGUAGGGAUGAUUCCCCACAGGAUCAAGCACGGGUGGCUCCUGAGGAGGGGUCUCCACCUGUCCUGUCUAAAUCUGGCACUGUGGAACCUCCUGGAAAGACAGGAGCUCAGCCUGGGAGAGCAUUCCUGGAUUCCUCCUGUGGAACUGCCUCGGAUGAGUUGGAGAAAAGCAUCAGCAGUGAGAGUGAGAGCCUGGCAAAGCAGCUGGAUGGGAGGAGAGAGGAAGAGGCUGGAAAACACCUGGAUGGGGCAGGUGUGGCCUCAGGCACAGACAGGAAAUGCAGGAGCCACCCUGGAUCCUCACCUGGGCCUUCUGGUGCCUUCCCUCAGCCUCAGGAGGAGGAGGAGGAAAACCAGGAUCCCUCACACCUGGCUGGGAAUAAAGCCCCUGACUCCGAGGAAGAUGAAGGGCUGGAAUCCUCUGGAAUGUCUUCCAGGAGAUUUUCCUCGGAGAGCCUCCCUCCACUCUCACCUCUGGCAGAUGAAGAGGAGGAAAAUUUCCCAAGUGUUCUGUCCCAUCGAGAACCCAAAUUCUUCGAGGAAGGGAUGUUGGUGUGGUGCAAGCUGCAGCGGUAUCCGUACUGGCCAGCUGUGGUGAAAGCAGUGAAGAGGAAGCACCGAAGGGCCUGUGUGCUCUUCAUAGAUGGCACCACAAAUGAGAAGAAAAAAGGUUUCUCAGUGUCCCUGAAGAGCCUGAAGCACUUUGACUGUGAGGAGAAGCAGGAGCUCAUUGAACGAGCCAAGGAGAACUAUUCCAGGGAAAUCGAGUGGUGCCUCCAGCUGAUCCUGGACUAUCGGAUCCGAGUGGGUUGUCAUUCUUUCACUGGGUCCUUCCUGGAGUAUUUUGCUGCUGAUAUCAGCUACCCAGUGAGGAAAGAGGGAUACCAGAGCGUGGUGCAGAUGGCAUUCCCAAACACAGAGGGGGAAGGGGCUGGAGAGUCUUCCUCAGACACCUCCCCCCAGAAACCCCCGAGGAAGCUCCUCCCUGACAGGACCAGAGCUGCCAGGGACAGGGAGAACAAGAAGCUGGUGGAGUUCAUAGUCAAGUCAAAAGGAGCUGAAGAACAUCUCCUGGGGAUCUUGAAAAGUGGGAAACAAUCCCGCUGGCUGAAGAAAUUCCUGAAUUCCAGCCGGUACAUGACCUGUGUGGAGACUUACCUGGAGGAUGAGGAGCAGCUGGACCUGGUGGUUGGGUACCUGAAGGAGGUGUACAGGGAGAUGGACACCAAGAACCUGCACCAAAUCCUGGGGGACGGCAUCAGAUUCAUCUCAGAUGUGCUUUUACCUGAGGCCAUCAUCUGUGCCAUUGCUGCUGUGGAUGACAUUGAUUAUGAGAAGGCAGAAGAGAAGUACAUUAAAGGACCACCUGUGAGCAAAAGAGAGAGAGAGUUGUUUGAUGAGCAAGUCCUGGGAAGCAAAAAGCUCAAGACGGAGCCGGAGCCUGCGGAGAGCUGAGGAGUGGCCAGGGCUGCCCUGGGGCCAGGUGUAAAUAACCAGUGGUGAUUUGUACAAAAACGUGGCAUUCUUUGUAAAGUUUGUGUGUACAUCCCCAAAUAUUCUGCUCCCAGCCCCAGCUGGCUCUCAGCCCUCGCUGCUUCCCAUGGCCUCACCAUGUUGAGGAUCUGCCAGAUCCUGAUCCAUCAGUGCCCUCCUGGGGGGCUGCCAGAGACCCCCCAGUGCUGUGCAAAGCUUCUGCUGCUCCACCAACUUCACGUGGGUUCUUUUAGCCAAACUUGGGAAGGGAUUUUAUCCUGGUGGCCUCGUUGUUCCUGAUAAAGCCAGGAAGGGGUUCCUGCAGGAAACGUUCCUGGGGGGUUCCUCCUUCCUGCCUGACGGAUCUCCAAGGGUGGGAAAUCAGAUUGGUGCUCAGAGCUGCGACCUGGAUCACAAAGAUUUGUGGGGUUUUGUUCUGUUGUGACAAGUAAAGUCCCGUGGAGAAGGAAUCCAGGUUUGCUUAAACAAAAACAUUCCCUUUUCCUCUAGCAGUGAGCCAGUGGAAUGCUGGUUUAUUGCCUCUUUUGAGGCCAGGAAUUUUGGGAGGCUUUUAAUUGUCUUUUUCUCAUCUGAAUUCCCAGUUUAAUCCUGCCCAGCUCCCUGCCCAGCUUUGCUGGAGCCGUGGCACAUGGAAGCAGUGUCACCAAGAACUAAUUAAUGAUGAAUAAUGAUAAAUGAUACAUAAAACCCCCUGAUUAGGGUUUCUCUGUGAUAAUGAAAUGUGAUCUCCUUGCUUGUCCAGUAAAACCCAAGAUGAUUUGAAAUACAGAAGUUGAAAUUGGGAUCCAGAUGUCUAUCCCGGCUGGUAGUAAUUAUCUGAAUAUAUUUUAAUUACACUUUUAAUUGCUCUGUGCUCUCUAAUGAGUUUUACCAUGGAAUCCUCAUUCCCGUUAUCUCAAGUACCUCAAUUAUAGGGACAGGCCAGGAAGUGAGUUUUUUAUUAAAACCUGGGAGGAGGAAUAAUGAGUUUUGUAGGGUAGGAUAAAAAAUUAAUGAUGGAGUUAACUCAGAGCUGUGAGUGGCACUUUCCCUCUGGAGGUGAGAGUUUGGGGAGGGAAUUUCCUGCCCCUCAUCCCAGUGCUCUGGGUAAUUUGGAGAUGGGGAUCAGCUUCCCCCUCCUUCACAUUAACCCUUUGUUCCCUUCUCCAUCAAAACUCCUCAAGUGCUGUUAAGAGUAAGUGAUGUUAAGAAGCAGAACCACCUCACCUCCACUGCAGCUGUGGAAUCCUGGAGUGGUUUGGGGUGGAAAGGACCUUAAAGCCCCUCCCUGGUCAGGGAAAUCUCCCUGGGGGCUCCAAGCCCCUCCAGCCUGGCCUUGGAUACUUCCAGGGAUAAUCCUGACCUUGUCCCACCCCUUUCCAGUGCUGCCCCACUGGUCACUCACUGCUGCUGGGCAUCAGAUUCAGCCUCACCAUGUACACAUCAUGUGGAUUUAAUAAAGUGGGAUGAAGUGAAUCAUCAAAA